UCUAAUCAUGCUGUUUAAUUUUAGCUCUCAUUGUGCAGUAUUUAAUACCGAUGCAUAUAAACUGUUGAUUUAUAAACAUGUUUUAGUUUAUUUUAUUCAAAGCUGGAGUAGUAUAUGCUAGGAUGAUUUAUAGCCACUCAAUGAGCGUUUAGCGAAACUUUGCGAUCAGUUAUGCGUUAGUUGCUUGGGACGUAAUAGUGCAUUAGUGGUGUAUUUCUAUUUAACAAAUACUUAAAAAUGUGUCUUGAUGAAAGCCGGUGUCAGCGUGCCCAUCAACGAAAUAUGUAUGUGUUACACAGAUGGCUAGUCUGUACAACUGCACUCCUCGCGAAUCUGGUAGUGCUGGGCGUAAUGUUCUCGAUGGGGACAUUAUUGUCAGAUAUCACGGCCACAUUUAACGUUUCCCGUACCGAUGCUGCACUUGUUCAGACCGUGGCCAUCGUUGCUGGUUUGUGUGGUGGCGUCUUUAUCGGAAGCUUGAUACAUAAGUUUGGAGAACGAAACGUUGCGGUUUGUCUUUCCUUCAUCUUGUCUAUAGGAGUCGUCAUCAGCUAUUUUGCUACAUCAGUACCUUUUCUGAUGAUAUCGAUUGGAUUACUUGGAGGUACUUCAGGCGGUGGUAUUUACAUUGCCGCUUCCGCAGCGACCGGUCGGCAUUUUCAUGGCAAACAAGGACUAUUUUUUGUUUCCGUUGUAAAUGUUGGAUCAGGCAUGGGUGGAGUCAUUUUCCCAUACUUCUUCAAUUAUUUGACGGAGAGGUUUGGGCCACGGGGAACAUAUCUGAUUACUGGUGGGAUUCUUCUUAAUAUGAUACCAUUUACAUUGCUAUGGAACUCCCCGAUUACUAAGAAACUUACGAAGCCAAAACACGAGCAAAACGUGUGCAAUGAUAAUGCUAUUGAAAUGGAAAGCUUGACAUCUGUUAAAAGCGAAGUUAAAACCUGUUAUGCUGACAAAGAUACGCUUUGCGCAGCCUUUAAGAAACUUGUUACAGACAGAGCUUUUGUUUUCUUUGCCUUCGGGCUUGCAACAGCAUACUCAUGUGUCAUGGUGGUUAACGUGUUCGACGCGCUUCAGGAUUCGGGACUAUCUCAAACCAAUGCUACACUAGGUCUACUUUUAUUGAACAUAUCAGGCAUUAUUGGACGCAUUCUUCCAGGCACUUUGAUACAAAUAAAAUAUAUAACGGUGUUGACAGUCCCAAUAAUUGCAUGCAUAAUGAUAAUUUUAUCACAGCUCGGAAUAACUCUACUUAGUAGUAUUACUACAAAUUUUCUGGCAUGCAUAUUAGCUGGAACAGCAAUUGGAAUGUUGAUGUCUUGCUUUGGUGUGGUCACUUUAAAACUGGUUGGCAUUGAACGACACGCAAAUGCAAUGGGAAUAUGUUUAAGUCUCUCCGGGUUAACAAAUGCACUCAUGGGACAAUUUGGAGGCUGGAUACGAGACAAGUUAGGCUAUUAUACGAUUCCAUUUCUACUAUCGGCCUCCGUGGAAGUCCUGGCGAUCAUUCUCCUCUCAAUAGCACAGUUUUACAGAUCGAAAUAUCCAAAAAGACUAACUGAUGAACUGAAAGAUGUCUGUGCAUUAUAACACACGGUUUUGAUUUGCACAUGCACUCGUUUGAUGUCAUUAGUUACACUUGGAUACUUACACGGAACAUCAAAGUAUCCAAGAACGUACUUGACAAGCUCGACCAAAAAAAGCUAUAAAUGACACACGUACCAUUAGCACUGUUUUCCUUAUAGUCAAAAAUCGUGUAUCAUUUAAAUUCAACGAGUCAUAGUUUAUUCAAAUGCAUCAAGGCCAAAGGCUCAUGAGUAUCAAUCCAUGGAAUUCAUAAUCCAUAUAAUUAUAUUAAAUGAUAUCAAUCGAACGUUGGGUCACAAUAUACGUGAAUACAUAUGAACUCUAAGAUCAAGCCAACGGGAAAGAAUACAUGCUUUACAGGUACAAUAAUAUAAGCGCUACAAACGUCAUGCAAGAGGCACAAUGUUGUAAGCAACACACAUGCAAUAAAAACAAUGAAAAUCGC